CUGCCUUCCCAGGGCGGACACCACCACGGCCAGGAACUUCUGGAAAGCUGCCUGGACUUCACCGGAGAAGGCUUUACCCAACUGAGCUGCAACCACAAUGGUCAGGCAGUCGGACAGGAGCUGCAACACAACAAGUAUCAGGAAACAUCAGCAACAUGAAAGGAGGUUCUGGGUGUGUCCAUGCUCUGUUUCAAGCAUAAAACCCCUCUCGGUUUGGCCUCAUUGUGGCAUUCAGCAAAACUCAAUCAACCGACAAGAUGACUACACUCACUGCUAAGGACAAGGACGCAGUCAGAACCUUCUGGGCUAAAGUGUCUGGAAAGGAGGAGGACAUCGGCACCGAUGCUGUGGCUAGGAUGCUGGCGGUGUACCCGCAGACUAAGACUUACUUCAGCCACUGGAAGGACCUGAGCCCCAGCUCUCCCUCUGCGAGGAAGCACGGAAUAACUGUGAUGAAAGGAGUUGCAGAUGCUGUGUCCAAAAUCGACGACCUGAAAGGAGGUCUUCUGACCCUCAGUGAGCUGCAUGCCUUCACUCUGCGUGUGGACCCUGCCAACUUCAAGAUUCUCUCUCACUGCCUCCUUGUGGUCCUGUCCAUCAAGUUCCCCAACGACUUCACCCCUGAGGCACAUGUCGCUCUGGACAAGUUCCUGGCUGCUGUGGCUCUGGCCCUGGCUGAGAAAUACCGAUAAACAGCAGGAGAAGAUGAAGG